UUUACCUGAACUUGUAUGUAACAUGACGUAAAGUACAUGGUAUUGAUUAUGUACCGUAAUACACCUGUUUGUAACCAGAAAAAUGGACCAUGCACAUUGUUCUUGACAGACAUAAGGUAACUCGAUGGUUACUCCUUCUCCGGCAAGACAAAUAUCACAAGUCUCUGAUGACUCUGGUAUUGGUUCCCUUGACAUGACACAAGAAUGUCUGGAUGAGUUAGCAGUCAGGAAAUCAUUUGUAUUCCUUAAAGAUAACAUUAUUUAUGAAGUUCUCCAAGAUGAUUUAAGACAAGAAUGUUUAGUGAGUGAAAAAGAGGAAGAAGAGUAUGUCUGUAACAAACCAAAUAGGCAGUCAACAUGUGAGAGACUCAUUAAGCAUAUCAUUAAGAAAAAAAGGUGUGAAAAAUUUAUAAAUCUCAUGAACAGAAAAACUUGCCAUGUUCAUGUUGCCAAGAAACUUAUGGAGGCUCGUAAACACAUUGAAGAGGAGGCUAAGAGAGUUGUCGCACAGAGAAAGCCCCCUUUUGUAGUCACGGAUGAACUUCUUCAGAAACAUUUAUCAUGCCUGCAUAUAGAACUGGAACCUCGGGAAAUUGCGGAUGAAAUGUUUCAGGCUGGUUACAUCUCCGAUAAAGACCAUGAUGCUGUGACUGAUCCUGACAGUAAAUACAAACGUGUGAAGGAGCUUCUAAAAAUUUUAAAGAAAAAAAAAUUGUAUUCUCAUUUUGUGUUUGUCCUGCAGUCUUUGAAGUAUGUUCAGGUGCUAGGUACACUAGAAAAGGAUAGAAAAAUGACAAAGAAACCUACUGAGUAUGCCACAUGCAUACAACAAAACUUCUGUCUUCUCAAAGAGGAACUUCCAGACAGUAGAGAUGCUAAAAUGAUGGUGGAUCAGAUGUAUGGCUUUCUAGACCAAACAAACAUUUCUGACAUUAAUUGGUUUACUGGUGCAAGAAAGCAGAAAUCUAAACUGCUAAAAAUACUUUUGAUAAAAGGGAAAGAUGCAUGCGAGGAACUCUUCAGGGUUAUGGAGGUAGAUUUGGAGAGAAAUGACCUGAUUGACAAAAUGGAAGAAAAGAGUGCAGAAAUGAAAAAAAGAGGUAUGCCUAGAUUGGAUCCCAAGCUGAGGAGCCUGCGGAUCACAUGUCUUGAGGAUCAUGAGGAUUUUUUAUCAGAGGAACUGGAGCCUCUUGAACUCUGUGACCUUUUGUUUGAGGAAAGUGCAAUAGACAUUCCUGAUCAUGAUAGAAUAACAGAGACAGAAAAAUAUUCAAAGCAAAUCCAACAUUUUCUGGAGACAAUUAAGAAAAACGAAAAUAACUGCUUUCAUUAUUUCUUACACAUUCUUAAAAGUUGUGAAUAUUGUGAAAUUCUUAAGGAGCUUGAGAAGCCUGCCCCAGGAGCUAAUGGAGCUGAAUCAAAUGCAAAUUUUGAAUGGAGAGCAACACACAGUUUUGCUACAGUAGCAUCAGAAUCUGUUCAGAAUAGAUCUAUAAAUAUAAGGCUAGCAAUGGAAGGUGCCACAGGAAGCCAGGUAGAACAAGCUCUACAUCAGCAGAUACUCUCUUCAGAGACGAGGAUUCUUGAGGAGGCCAUUACACAUGGUCAGAUGAACAUUGAAGAUGUCUCCUCUGGUUCUGUGGUGAUACAGUUAAGGCCGGUCACUGACCAAGCUGUACAGACAUUACUCAAUGCCAGAGAAAACAACCGACUGGUGGAGCUAAUACUGGGAAUGAUAAAGAGGGUAAAUGUACCCAGUGUUCAGAGUACAGAACCGCUGGAGGUCAGGGUACAGGUUUCUUAUUCAAACCCCACAGCAGCUAAGCCAGAUAUUUCUAAGGCAAAACUUAUCAAGGAGAGAAUAAACGUUCAUAGGAAUGAGCUGAUAUCUGAGCUAGAACCCAAAGCUCUGACUUCUGCAUUAUCAAAAUCAAACUGCUUUGAACAGAGUAUGUUAGAUGCUAUAGAAAAGGCCCCAACAUCUCAUGAACGGACAGAAAAACUUUUAUCAUUGAUUGAGAAUGGGGAUUCAAAGACUUUGGAGGCUUUCAUUAGUGCAUUAAAGAACAUAGGGUAUUCUGAGAUUGUGGAAUUAAUUGAUCCUGCAGAGAUCCAUAGCAGAGCUGAAAAUAUCAGGAAAGUGAUUACAUCUAACUAUAAAAAUAUCCUGGAUGAAAUGCAGAUUCCAUUAGCAAGAGAAACUUUAUCUAAAUGUAUUGGAGAUGUUGAUACAGUUCAAGAGAAAAUCUUACCAAAGAAUGGAAAACGCAGGCAGAGAAUGAACCAUUUCUUACAGUUCAUUCUUAAGGAAGAUCACAAUGUAAUUCAAUUUGAGAAAAUGCUAAGAAAUAAUGGAUUAGAGGACUUGCUGAAGAUAAAUGAAAAUAUACAUGGAGAGCAUAUAGCCGCAGAAGACAUAGAGAUGACAAUUGCUGAAGACCCGUCAUCAGAGGGGGUUCUGUUUGAAUCCCUCCUCACCCUGUCUCUCACCGUAACAAGUGACAGAGAAACCAAAGAAAAAAGACCAGACCCAAUGCUAGAAAUGGAAGAUCAAUUAAAGAAAAGGUUGCAGGAAGAAACAGUAGGAAGAAUAGCUGCAAGACUAAGGAUGAUUGGAGAUGGUCUUGAAAGACCGGAGGAGACAUUCAGCACACCUGAGACAUUCAGCUCACCUGAGAAACCUUUUGAGGGAAAUAAGAGCAUCAGUUCUUCUUCAUCUUCAUCCUCUCUUCACUCGAUCAUAUCACCUGAUGUGGUGGAAGAAAAAAGCAAAGAAAGUAAAUUUACAAAAUACUUACCCAGAUUCAUGAGGAAAGAAAAAGAAGACUCUCCAUUAAAGCCAUCAUCCUCAUUUCUCUUUGAAUCCCCAUCAGGGUCAUCAAGUAAAAAACAAUUAUUUCCUGUAGAAAAGACUCAAGAGUUUCCACAUCCAUUCAAAUCAGCCACUCACACAGAGCUCUCCCAGUCCUAUUUGCUUGUUGCUGCUAUUGACUUUGGAACUACUUAUUCCGGCUAUGCAUUCUCAUGGAAAGAAAAGCCACAGAAGAUUUACACUCAGACCUACAAAAACCCAGAGAAACUUUCUGAGAAAGAGCCAACUGUUCUGUUGUUGGACAAGUCUGAACGAAUUGUCGCAUUUGGACAAGAUGCAGUGGAGAAGUACAAAGAACUUUGUGAGGAAGAACUUCAUCAUGAUUAUUUCUACUUCAGCCACUUUAAAAUGAAUCUUCACAGAGAUGAGAGCCUGAAUAGGAGAACAGUAAUUCAAGAUGAUAAAGGAAAAGAGUGUUUGGCAGUGAAGAUCUUUUCUAUGUCCAUUCAGCACUUCAAGGACAGAUUAUUGCAUGACCUUGACCUUUCAAGGGCAUCUUGUUCUGCUGAUGACAUUCGAUGGGUUCUAACAGUUCCAGCCAUUUGGGGGGAGCAGGCAAAACAGAUGAUGCAAGAAAGUGCUUACCAGGCUGGAAUUCAGCCCUGUAAUGUGAUGCUGGCAUUGGAGCCGGAGGUAGCUUCUGUGUAUGUUAAAGAAAUCCAGAUAGAGAGACAAGCAGAUGAGUUAUCCAAGUACAGACCUGGCAAAAAAUUCCUUGUCAUGGAUCUUGGAGGUGGGACAGCUGAUUUAACAGCAAUGGAGGUCGCGAGGGAUGGUUCCUUAAAGCAGCUUUUCCGUGCUUGUGGUGGGGACUGGGGAGGAAACAAGAUCAAUGACAACUUUGUUAAACUCCUAGGGGAAUUAUUUGGGCAUUCUGUCAUCGAAAAAUGCAAAUAUGAACACAAAUCUGACUUUCUAGAAAUUCAGCAUGAUAUUGAAGUGAAGAAAAGGAAAUUCAGCAGAAGUGACAGCUACAAACCCUUAAGGUUUGAAAUUCCGUACUCCUUUGUAGAUACAAUUGAAAAGCAUCAUCAAAUAGAUUUGACAAAAUUAGUGGUCAAGUCCAGCUUUAAUGGUAAGAUUUCCAUGCAACAUGGAAACAAGCUAGAGUUGACUGCAGAGUGUGUUGAAACCAUGUUAUUUAAUCCUGUGGUAAAUAAGAUCAAACAGGAAACAGAAGACAUCAUACAGAAACUGAAAGGACAAAUUGAGGACAUUAUGAUGGUUGGGGGGUUCUCAGAAUCUAAAUUUGUCUAUGACACAAUCAGAGAAACUUUCCCAAGGAUCAAAAUUUUGCGGGCCAGUGAGGCUGGGUUGGCCGUACUUAAGGGGGCGGUGCUUUUUGGUCACACUCCCCGAGUCAUAUCAUCUAGGAGGUGUGCUUUCACCUAUGGGGUGGGACUUUACAGGUUUUUCUUACAAGGUCACGAUCCUGAGCAUCUGAAAUGUGACUUUGGAGGUCAUGGCAACAUAUGUGUGUUUGUGAAGUUAGUUACCAUUGGGGAAGAGGUUGGAAUUGGGCAGACAUAUGAAAUAAAUGAGGACAUUUAUCCAGUGAAAAGAGGUGCCACUCAUAUGUCCUUCAAAAUUUAUAGAUCUACUGAAGAGGAUCCAAAAUAUGUUGAUAAGUCCUGCUUACCUAUUGGGAAAUUAACUGUGAAGGAUGUGACUAAGAGUGUGAAGAUUUCUCUGUCAUUUGGAUUAACACAGAUCACGGUCACUGCGGUAAACACAGUUACAGGGGAAAAUGUUAUAGCUGAGCUGGACCUACUCGGGGAGCUGUAGACAAUUAAUUAAAGAAACCAAUUAUUCAACUUAUGAUGAAAGAAAAGUUAGAAACAAUUUUUAGCAAUUUUAUUGAAGAAUAUUAAAUUUUGUAGAAAAAUUGGCUAUUCUAAGUCAUUGGAAUAAUUUAUGCACAUGUAGUCACAAAAACCAUGGCAUUCUGAAAAUUCACAUUUUAUAAAAAUAGCAUCCAAAUUUAUGAUUUUAUGUUUACAGAUUGUAUUCCAUUUUCCACUAUUGGAUGCACUGGUAUGUGCAGCUUUUAAAAUCCUAUUUUUGAUUUAGAAUGUUUUCAAACAGUACCGGUAAUUGUAUUUUUACAAUAUAUUAUUUUUUUUGAAAACCAUACUUCAUGCAGCAUACAUGUAUAUAUAUUAUACAUUAAAUGUGACUGGGCAGCAGUAUAUUUCAGCUCACACCUUCCAAAAAUUUGUUGUACUUUCAUUUAUUUUUUACUUAUCUGAUUUAGAGAGUAUUUCAUAUCAGAUACGUUAAAUUAAGAGAUCAUUUCUUUCUUAAAUGUAGGUUUGUACAUUGUCUGUAUAUAUGUCUGUUUGGGAAUUUGUAUAUUAAUAUACCUUCUUAACAUAUCCUCAAUUCCUAAGUAACUAGAUGAAGAAAUGAAAACCUUUCAGAAUAGCAAUUACUGUCUUGCUACAGCUGUGUGAUACAAAUUUCAUGUUUUUCAGUCCCUUUUCUAAAUACUGUAGAUCAGCUAAUUCUCAAGACAACUUAUUUGGGCAAGAUAGAAAUUUGGUAUUUAUAAGCUACAUGUAGAAAAAUUUUCCAUGUAUUUUGGUUGUAAUUAUCUAAAAUACCGUGGAUAUGUCAAAAUGAGAUGGAAGUCCCAACCACACAUUCUGAUAUCUCAAAGUUUUUUUUCAGUUUCAUUGAAUUCAAGAAAACCAGGUUUGACUGUAGUAAACAAAAACAGCAAUGCAAGUGUGUCUGUGCCUCUUUAAUAUGUAAUAUGGUUGGUUUGCUCAUGAAGUCAGUUUUCACUGUUUUAACAAAGGCUUCAGGUUAAGGAAAAUUUUAUUCUGUUCAACAAUUACCAGGGUAUUUAAUUCUUUUGAGGAAGUAUUGGUCCCAUUAAAAUUCAGUACUGCAUACUUACAGCUUGGGGAGCCUGCAGUGCUCAAAAUGUUUUUAUGAAAACUAGAAAUUACUAAUUUCUUGUCAUAAGAAAAUCUAUAUGUGCAUAAAUGCUAA